AUGAUUUUUGCUCAUCCGUUUGAUUUUUUUUAUUACUUCUGCAGGUUUUUUUUGAGCUAUCCGAGGUUGACACAGCGGAAUAUGUUCGGCACCAUCAGUUUUUUUCACCUAGUCGAGGGCUUAGAACAAGCCACCGAAGCUGCUUGUGGGAUAUGUUGUGAGUGUAGGGUAUCGAGGGAUAGGAUAGAGCUGCUGGAAACGAUCAGAAGAACAACGAUAACGAUUUGGUGGAUAGGUGCGUGGUCGCUUUCGAGGUCAAAGUUCACAACUUUGGAACCCGAAGACAAACGACAAACGUUAAUUGAAGCAUCGGGCCUUCUCCACACACAACACCAACGUCACCUUCAGCGGCAUUAUCAUUUCGAUUGA